AUGGAAGCUCUUCGCGCUGCUAUUGCGGCAGCGCAACACGCCGGAACCCUACUUAUGGUGACAUUCCGCCGCGACUGGGAGAGAGACUGGGUUCAGAAGCGCCUGGAGGAGCUAGAAGGCUUCAGUGAGAUAUGCGACCAAAUAGAUCUCAAUCCCGUUCUCGGGCGCGACCGCGAAACUGGGGCCAGUCUGAAACGGUGUACCGACAACGUCUCAGAUAUCCAAGUCCUUCUGGAGGAGAUCCGCUCCUUCAAGAAGGAUCACACCUUUAGGGAUUCCUGGAAGUCAAUUGUUUCAAAGGAUAUGGAGGAAGAGAUCAUCCGUCUUUUUAACAGACUCCAGAGGGAGAAGGCGUCGUUGGAGUUGCAAAUAGCGGCUGCCAUCUCAGAUGCCCGGUAUCAAAUGGGCGAAGAGCAUGACGGAGACCUUGCUGCCGUAGAAACCCAGUCCAGCACUGUUAGCACUGUUGGUUCUAGUGAAGACGAAGUAAAUGGGUUUCUUGGAGCGGUGUUCAUCACCGACUCAAGUGACGAAAGAUCCGCCCUGGUCUCUGCCAAAGGGAAAAGAGUUGACGGAACUUGCUCGUGGAUACUGGAAACGGAUGCCUACAACACGUGGAUGGACACCCCAUGUCCAGGCCUGUGGAUCACAGGCGGCGCAGGGAUGGGCAAAUCCAUGAUGUCAAUUUUCUUGACCGAGGAUCUUGAGAUGAAGGCCAAGAAGUCGGCGACAGAGUCCGUUAUCUACUUUUUUUGCGACGGUCAAAGACAGAUGAUGAGCUGUUCCCAAGGGAUACUUCGAGGUCUCAUUUCCCAACUCGUGGUUCUGAACCCCGGUCUGUCUAAACAUGGGAUAUUUGAGGAGAAGCGCGAGCGGGGUUUCAAGACGUACAAUCCUUCUGGGUGUGAGGACCUCCAGAUUAAUGCCAAUAAUUCUAAGUCGAACCCUGCAUCCGUCAUUGACGAGCGCACUCUCUAA